AUGGUAAAUCCGAAUCAGUUAUUGCAGGCCUUCGCGCCCCUCUUGACCCCCAGUGGGGGCAUCAAGAAUGCCAAUGAAGUGCCCCGACUGUCGAGUCUAAUGAAGAAGUUUUCCCGAAAGUUGGUCUCCCGUUGCGUGUAUUGUAACGUAUUGUUGGCCACCACUCCGGAUGUGCUCGAAGAGUCUGGCGGAUGGGAGACAAUCCACUUAUGGAUCAAAUCGGCCAAAGAGUUGGGAAACAAACCGUUUUUAGACGAGUUGUUAACAUUAUUACUAAAGCUUCCGAUGAAUGUCGAGAGACUCCGAGAGAACGAUUCGCCGAAAAUAAUCCGAAAAAUAGCCAAACAAUCGGAUGACCCGAUACUGGCGGCCAAAGCCAAGGAAGUGGUGGACAAGUGGACCAAAAUGAUUGAAUUGGCCUCAGGUCUCAAGGAGAAGGGGAAGCGUAAGAGCAACGAAUCCACGAAUAAUGUCUCAAAAGAUACCACCAUUGGUGGCGGCAGUGAUCCCAAGAAGUCUAAACUGAACGCCAAAUCACUGAACAACGCCAUCGACUACAACAGCGCCGACAGUAAUAGUUCGGCGCCUUUGGACGCGUUGGCGGCCGACGGCUUGAAGUUGAAAGCGGAGCGAACGCCGCGUCCGUCUACGGCCAAAGUAAAGCCCGGAAAGUCGCGACUCGGCGACUUAGUCAGCUGCGGUCAGACGGGUCCUAAACUCGCCAAAAGCCGCAAAGAGUCCGAUAAAAAGUCUUCGACGGCCAGCAAUAAGGUCUCCAAUAAUGCAAAUGCCGAACCCCUAAGCAGUGUGACCACUACUCCCGCUGUCAGUCUCCCCAAACCGAAAGCACUGCCCGUCGGAGGCAUUAAACUGAUUGAGCCGUUGAGUGUUGCCGUCCCGCCAACUCCUCCAGUGCCCGCCCCAGUGGUCGCACCACCGCCUAAACCGCAUGUGCUUCAGGACUCAAUGAGUUUUAUGGACGCAUUGAUUGCGCCGACCGUUUCGACGACGACGAAGAAGAAGCCGCGACGGACCAGCUCUUCGACGGCCGGCAAAGAGAUGCCAAAAGAGCCGAGUAUUAUAGACACGACGACGGCCUCGGCGUCCACUACUAGUCCAAAGGCAUCGCCGCCCAAACCCUUCUCCUUCUAUAUGGAUAUAAUCGACGAAAAGGUUGACAACAAAGUCAAUGAAUCCAACAAUAAUAGCAGUGAAGACAACGACGCGAUGGACGACGAGUACAAAAGUGACGAACAAAACGAUAGCGUCGACGACAACGAAGAGGAGAUGAAUCACAUGAGUGUCGACAUAACAGUUCCUGACAUUAAAGUGGACACAACGCUCACAUUCAACGCAUCCCUAUGGGUUGACGAGAGCGGGAAGAGGAGUAUCCAAGCGGUGAAGUACUUCGAGUUGGAUGAGACGGAACGGGAGAACGUGAACCGACCCGCGGGUUCGGGCGGUAUAAACGAUAUGAAGCGAUACGAUAUGCGACACGAGGCUGAGCUCAUGCAUCACCUGAAACGCGGUCUCUCCGGCUCUUACGACCUCUCGGACCUGACGGACCAGAACUCGAGCCGUUCGUCUUCGUUCGGCUCCUGGCGUCUGAUCCCAUGCGAUGGCGACGCGAACCUCAUUGAACACGGAAAGGACUCCAAGGAGAGGGCCAUUCAGGCCGACCGCAUACGGACAACACUGCAGACGUUUUUCACGGCCAGUCAAAUGCCGGACUCGCCUCAAGAACCCGACGCCGAGACCUAUUUAGAGACCGACGUAUCCAAAGUGAUACCACUCGAAGACGACAACAAUCCCAACAAUAUUCACGACUACUCUAACAUUGAUUUACCGCAACCGAAGACCGGCGAAAAACUGCCCCCAAGAAUGCCCGACUUUCAGUCCACUCAACCGCCUCACUGUAUGCAGACAUUUCUCGCGGACCGGGAAGUGUCGCUUCCAACCAAAAUGUAA